GCGGGACCCCGCGAGCCGCACACGCCGCGCGCCGGCUGGAGCCUUCUCCGCUCCCGGGGAGGGGCAGCCCGGGGCCACCGACCCUGCCCCGGCAGAGCCCACCUGGCGGGCCGGGCCCCUGGCGAGGGUGGUGCAGUGAGUCGGGGGGGCCGCUUAACGUCUUGCUUCUGGGGCUCUGCCAAGUGCCUCCCCCGCCGCCGGGCAGAGGGAGACAAAAGCCCUUUGUGAGCCGGGCUGGGGGCGGAUGGAGGCGCCCGCCGUCCCUGCGCGGAAAGGACCUGGCUCCUGCCGCCGCCAAGUGGCUUUGCGCUGGGCUCGGGGGUCCCUACGCUCCCCCUGACAUGCGGCGCCGCACGCUGCCCCUGCCCUGCCUCCUACCUGCGAAGGGUGCGCCCCUCCUCCUGCUUCGCCUCCUCCCCCGCAGCCGCCCGAGCCCCCGGCGGCGCUGAGAGCGAGCGAGCCGCUCAGCCGAGACUUGGCCGCCAGGACAGGGAGAGGUGCCGUCUGCUUCGCAUUAUGUGGAUCUCGCUCCUGGCUUUUCUUACUGCUGGAAUCGUCUCUCUGCAGAAAUGCCAACGAGGGCCUGGCCCCAUGCUGCGGGCAGCCCGUGUGCUCGCAGCUGUGCCGGGGCUGUGCCAGCGCCCGGAAAACAGAUGUGCCACUUCAAAUGCACUAACGUGCACAAUGUGUCUUGCCCUGGGCCCAGAGUGUGGAUGGUGUUCUCAAGAGGAUUUCAUGGCAGGAGCAACACAGAAGGGACGAUGUGACAUGGUUUUUAAUUUAAUAAAAAAAGGCUGCCAAACAGAAUUUAUAGAAAAUCCCACGAUUCGUGUAACAAUACCCAGCGACCACAAGGCAAAUACACAAGUAACACCGGGAGAGGUUUCAAUCCAACUGCGUCCAGGAGGUAAAGCAAGCUUUAUGUUAAAAGUCCAUCCUCUAGAGAAGUAUCCGGUGGACCUUUAUUAUUUAGUUGAUGUCUCAGCUUCUAUGCACAACAACAUAGAAAAAUUAAAUUCUGUUGGAUUUGAUUUAUCUAAAAAGAUGGCAAAUAUUUCCCUUGAUUUUCGACUUGGUUUUGGAUCAUAUGUGGACAAGACUGUGUCACCCUACAUUAGCAUUCACCCAGAAAGAAUCCACAACCAGUGCAGUGAUUAUAAUCUAGAUUGUAUGCCACCUCAUGGCUACAUUCAUGUGCUGUCCCUGACUGACAACAUAGCAGAGUUCAAAAAUGCAGUGAAUAAACAAAAGAUCUCUGGGAAUAUUGAUACACCUGAAGGGGGGUUUGAUGCUAUGCUUCAGGCAGCUGUGUGCCAGAGCCAUAUUGGUUGGCGCAAAGAAGCAAAGCGAUUACUUCUUGUGAUGACAGAUCAGACCUCUCAUCUGGCCCUUGAUAGUAAAUUGGCCGGGAUAGUAAUUCCCAAUGAUGGAAAUUGCCAUCUGAAAGAUAACGUGUACAUCAAAGCUACAAGUAUGGAACAUCCAUCACUUGGGCAACUUUCUGAAAAACUGAUAGACAACAACAUCAAUGUUAUUUUUGCAGUUCAAGGAAACCAGUUUAAUUGGUAUAAGGAUCUUUUGCCUCUGUUGCCUGGUACUGUCGCAAGACAAAUAGAAUCGCAAGCAGCUAAUCUGAAUGAUUUGGUGGUAGACGCCUAUCAGAAACUAAUCUCUGAAGUGAAAAUUCAGGUGGAUAACCAGAUCCAAGAUCUACACUUUAACAUAACUGCACUCUGCCCUGAUGGAAGUAGAAAAACAGGCAUGGAAGGAUGCAAAAAUGUGGCCUAUAAUGAAGAAGUGCUUUUUAAUGUAUCAGUUUCAAUGAAAGGAUGUGGUACAACUGGAGGAAGAAAAUAUGUGAUAAUCAAACCUAUUGGUUUCAAUGAAACCACCAUAAUUAAUAUAUAUAAAAACUGUGCCUGUCAGUGUGAGGACAGUGCAAGGCACAAAAGAAUAUGUGUCGAUGAAACUUUUAUCGAUGGUGAAAGCACCCAUUGCGAAGACACUAACUGUACUUCCAGUGAAGAUACAUUUCCUUUUGAGAGAUGUAAGUUGCACCCGGACCAGCCCAUCUGCAGUGGUCAAGGAGACUGCAUAGGUGGAAGAUGUCUCUGUCACAAAACCAGGCUGGGCAAAGUGUAUGGCAAAUACUGUGAAAUGGAUGACUUUUCUUGCCCAUAUUACCGUGGAAACCUGUGUGCUGGCAAUGGUGAAUGUGAAGCUGGUAAAUGUAAAUGCUUUCGCGGCUGGGAAGGUGACCGCUGUCAGUGUUCACUAUUGACAGCAAAACACUGCAUGAAUUCCAAAGGCCAGAUUUGCAGUGGAAGAGGAGCAUGUGUAUGUGGAAAAUGCGAGUGUACUGAUCCAAGGAGUUUUGGCCGGUUUUGUGAAUAUUGCCCUACUUGUAACAAUGUCUGUGAUGAAAACAGGAAUUGUGUUCAGUGCCAUUAUUCUAACAAUGCAUCACAAACUACACCUGACCAGUGCAAAACCUCAUGUGCUUAUAUGGUGCAUUAUAUUGAUCCAGCAUCAGAAUGUUUCUCUGACCCAAACUACUUUAGAAUCUUUUUCAUAAUCUUUAUCGUUACAUUUCUGAUUGGAUUGCUUACUGUACUUAUCAUCAGGCAGAUAAUUCUACAGUGGAAUAGCAAUAAAGUUAAAUCUUCCUCAGAUUACAGAGCAUCUGCAACAAAGAAGGAUAAGAUGUUUUUGCCUACUGUUUGUACGAGAACAGUAACAUACAGACGUGACAAACCAGAAGAUAUAAAUAUCGACAUCAGCAAGUUACGAUUAAAUGAAACUUUCAAGUGCGAGUUCUGAAGACCAUUUUCUGAAAAUCUCUAUUUCCAUCAUUUUUUAAAAAGCUAUCUUAUUUUUACUGUGUAAGAGUCUUGAUUGAUGCUAUUUGUUUUUGUGGCAUGCAUUUGUUGAAUACUGUAACAAACCAACAUGUGAGCAUAGUCACAUAAUGUGACUACGUUUGAAGUUAUGGCUGCUGUAUUUUAUGAAAGAGAAAUGUGCAUUACUACUGUUCAAGACCAUUAGUGUUGGUGUAGCACUUUAAUGUAAAAUAAUUUAUUUAGUUAUGGCAUAGAAUGUAGAUAUGAACAUGGGGGGACAAAGCACUGAUCUCACUUUACAUGUAGCUAGUAUUGAUGUGCGCUGUGGGAAUGGGCAAAACUGUGAUUAAAAUAUUAACAUUCCUAUACAUUAUGGUAAUAGAUGGAGCUAUUGGAGUACUUGUACAUGUAGAAACGAUACUUCUUAAAACUUUUAUGGUUUUCCUUUCAAAGUUCCACUGAUCUUGUCUGCUUUGACAUCAGUUUAUCUUCUUAUAGUUACUUAUAAAAAAAUAACUGGAUUAAUGAGUGCUUAGUUACUACUGGUAUUUUUUAAAAUCUACAGAUUAUAAUGUCACUUAAACAGGAUUUAUUCUUCUUAUGUGAUAAAGUGUAUACAUUUUAGUAUUCCCUUUGUUCCAAAAUAGAGACUUUUAUAUAUAUUUUAAGAUAUGUGAGAACUGAGUCAAUAUAAAAAGGGGAAGGGGGGAGAGAGUUAUUCUAGUGUGGUUUUGUUUUUUUGUUUUAGCUGACUGGAAUACGCUACAUAAUAAUUAAACACACUGGCUAAAUUCUGCUCUGGGGUUGGCAAGAGGAACUGCAUUGAAGUCAGUUGAAUUACACCAGGGCUGUAUUUGGUCUGCUAGCUACAUUUCAGUGUUUUGCCAAAUAAGGAUUCUCUUCUUGUUAAAUAUCUGAUAUGCCUGAUUUUUCCACAUCUGCUACUUUUUAGCUGAGAGAAUCAGUUUGCAUGAAUCCUUUAUUUAACCACCUAAAUUGUUGUUGUAGUGCACUGAGAUAUGUAUCCAGUAGGAUGUGAAGGUGUCAAAAGAAAAAGAAUACAGAAAAGAGGAGAGAAUUUUUCCCAUGAGAACUAGUUGAAUUGACCAAUGUAGAUUCAAAUUCUGCCUUCAGAAGUCAUCAAGAUCCUUCCUAGAUUCAAUGGGACCAAUAUGGAUGCAUCUGAGGGCAGAAUUUGUACCACAGAAUAAACUGUGCAAAGCUACUCUGCUUCUCCAUAAAACAAACUCUGCAACAGUGGAGGCUGUUGUCUUGUUGCUAUAUGCCAUAUAAAGUGCACAGCUAGUAGUCAGACUGGCUUGUUUUACAUUGUCAUAAAGUUAGGAAGUCCUGGUAACCUCUUUGAAAUAUGCACUAAAAAUAGUUGGCAAAAAAUUAUCUGAGAUGACAUAUGUUAUCAGUGCUAAAUACUGAUACUCAAUACUAAUCUGUGCCUGUUGCAGAGAGUAUUUGCUUCACUGAAACAAAGGGGUCUUUAUUAAAAAAAAAAGCAGAAUAGACACAUGGUUGAGAUACUUAUAAGAAAUGAGAAAAAUGAAUUCUCCCAAUUCUGCAUUCCUUCUGUACAAGUCCCACUGAAAUCUGGGAACGAUGUGCAUGUGAAAGGAAUGCAGGAUUUGGAACUGAUAAUCAGCUUUAUGGGUUGUGUUUCACAGACUGCAUUCCCUAAUACACUGAUCAAAUGGAGGUUUGAAAAAAAAUCCUACAAAGACAAUGGCUCAAAAUUUCCAUUGUCAUUGUUCUAACAGCUCUAGAUAUCAGUGGUAGUCACUACAUACUUCCCCUAAUAAGCCACCUUUUAAACUCCUCUAUUAAGUAUUUCUAUGUCACACAUCACAGUGGUAUCUGAACUUCAUUUCAGACAGCUUAAAAAGUCUUCCUUGAAAUUGGAAUACAUUACACUGAUUUUAUUUGUGUUCGUGAUAGCCUUCAUUUUUAUUUGUUAAUUAUAGAUUAUUGAAAAGUAAACUACAGUGAAUCAUUUCAACUUUAUACUAUAUUUAACGUGAAUUAUUUUUCUUUAUACUGCACAGUGUGGGACUCAGUCCUCCUCCCGUGGAAGUUAACGGGAUGAUUACCAUUGACUUUACUGGGAACAGAAUAAAGGCUCAUGUGAAAUAAACAUAUUUAAUAUUGCUCUGGUCACAACUUGCUAAAGAGAGGAGGAAACAGGGUACUGUCUGGAUAUCAGUAACUGUUUAUUUAAUUGAAAGAUUUCAUGUGCUUCACAAAAGAUAUGAACCUAUUCUUUAAAUAAUGGAAUAUGAUUUUUAACCUAAUUCUCUUGGAAUGAAAUAUAAUAGCCCUUAAGACAACAUAUAGCUAAGUGAUAUAAUUGGUAAAAAUAACUUAUAACUGUUUAAAAUAACUUCUCUUCAUUGUUCACAAGUCUCAAAUUAUGGAACAGAAAUGGAGUUGGGGACUUCAUAUACAGGAGAGAAAGGGGUCUUUAUGGUAACAUCUCCCCCUACCUCCAAAAUACCUCCUAUCGCUGUUUCUCUCCUUCGGUUGCACUUUGUUGGAACUCCAGCUCUACUCCAGUGGGGGCAUGGCCAGCAUGUUGCCAUCAGAACAGCUGCUCAAUGCAUUAUGUUCCACUGUCAGUGAACUUUGCAACAGAAAUGUCAUUGUAAGCUGCUGCUGUCCUGAGUAGUUGUAACUCCCCCUUCCACUGUGUUAAUGUACCAUGGAGGAGGUUACGAGUGGGCUAUUGACAAAGAAUUAGCUGCUAGCAAUGCAGAAGGCCAAGAGCUAAUCUUUAGAAGGCCUGUGGGGAGGUCAGACAGAACAAGAUCCUCAAGACGGUGCCUGAUUCUAAUGGAUGGCUGCCAUGCAUGAGAAACUGUAGCCUUGCCUGCUAGCUUUCCCCUCAGCCAUUGGCCCUGCUUUUCAGAAGGGAUGGUGCAGAGGAGGAAUGACCCAACAAAAGCCUCACAGUGGUGGAGAUCUGUGCUCCCAUUUGCACAUAACCUUAAAUGAGAAAGCACUUAGCCCAUAAUUCACAAGAAAUUUGAUCAGCACUUACGGUACUGUGGCUGUGCUUUGUGUAGCAGUUAGUGUGUGAGCUAUUGUAAACAAGUUCGUUCUACAUAGUUCAUAUCACAAUUUCUUCUCUCUCUAUUGUGCCUCUAAGGUGUUCCCUCCAAACAAAAAAUAUAACAUUUGGCCUCAACCAAAGUCACUACAGGCUUAUGGGAGAAAGUUAAGCCCACUGAAAAAUGAAUCAUAUUUCAAAUAAUUUGACAGUAGGCCAGCUCCAAAAUAUGGAACACUUCAUUUAAGAAAUACACACAGGUACUAUAUUUGUAUGGUUAACUGGUCAUUUGGGGAUCUUUUUAUUUUAUUUGUUUUACUUUAUGCCCCAUAAGCACAAUAUUUACAUGAGCAUCUGCAGAAAAAUUGUUAUUCCUUGUUUAAACAUCUCUAUGAAUGGUUUAAUUAUUCUAGUUCUUAAACUAGAUACUUGAGCAUAGAGAGAGCUGAAUCCUAUUAAUCUCUAACUACUCGUUCAUGUGUAUUUUAGAAAGGAGAGAUGCUUAUGCAUUAAAAAUGUGCACAUUACUUCUGAAUUUAAAAAAAAGCAUUCAUAGAAUUACAGUGACUCAGUGUCAAUUACUUCCAAGCUCUAUGAAUACAUUUAUUACAGUGUCACAAAUGAGUAUGGGGAAAUGGUUUGUUCAUUCAGAAAAUGUGCACAUGAUGUAUGUGGAAUUUUCAUUGUUCCAGAUUGAAAUAUUCACAAGCGGUGUUUAAUGGAGACCUUAAAAAGAAACCGCAUUUGUCUAGCCAUACUUUACAUGUUAUCAGUUAUUUGAAUUAUAUUAAUUUUUUUAGGUGUCAUGGCUCAAAAAUCUCCUAUGCAAAGUAUGGUUUUGUAUUAGAAGAAAUAAUUUGCUGUACAUGGUAAAAUAUUAUGAUACCCUUGCUUUCUCAAGUCACACUGGGGAAUUAGUUCUUUUUUCCCAUACGUGUGUGAUUGUGACUGUGUUGUUAACUAUGGCAGUGAACCUGUGAAACUUACUUUCAGGCAACACCAACUCUUCCAACUAGCCACGUUGGGUUUUAUGAUGCCCUUUAAGGCAGAGCUCAGGGUUGAGGGACGUGCAGAAAUGUACUGCCUUAGCUGGGGCUUGAUGAGGCGCAGUGUCUAAAGCAGGCAGAAUUCAUCCAAGAGCUUUGGGGAGCGAGGUUUGAGUGCAGUCCUUGAAGAGAGUGCAGUAUCCAUCCUCUGUGCCCAACCUGUUCUGCUAGCCAGUGCAGGAAACCAUGUCCCUUCCCAGAUACUUUGAAGAGGUUAGACUGGCAGAGGCACUCACAAGGUAUUCCUUGUGCAUAGUAGAGUGUAAGGGCCAUUUUGUGUCCAGCCCCUGCAUAGAUGAGAAGGCUGCACUCUCUGUACCUAACCCUGUUCCCUGAUGUAAACACAAAGGACAAUGUUGGCGACUGACUAAGAUGGAUGACUUGAGGUAGGGUUGUAGGACUGGACCUAUGAGCCUCAACUGAAUCCCAUUGAAGUCAGUGGGAAUUUUUUCAUUGACGUCGGUGGGCUUUGGAGCAGGCCCUAAGUAAGCAGCACAAUUCACAGUUAGAAAAAUGCACAUCUGAAAGAUACAUCCGCUUUGAUUUUUAGUUGGCAGUGCCAAGGUGUGGAGCAAGAAAUUUUAUUGAUUCACUGCACUAUAUUUAUCGGUCAAUCAAUGCUGAAUGAUACAAACUGUCCAAUCAAAUUAGAAAUGAAAUGUAUCCAUAGCGUUUAUGCCAGGCAUUUAAAAUAUAAAAAUAAGAUUUACAUAGUAAACAAUAAUGAAGCAGUAGUUAGGAAGAAUGUUACUGUUUUUAGCUAUUGCUCUAUACCCAGAACUCUGAUGGAAGUCAAGGGAAAUUUGAGUGUCCUGUACAUUGAUGUCAGCAAUAAGUUAAAAUUACCUAGCAAAAAUAAUUUGUAUAUAAUGGGACAAAUCAGUGCAGUUGCACAGAGUGCAAGCUAGCUUAGAAUUAGAGCCCAGUAUAUUUUCAUGUUGUUCAAGAUGAUUCUUUCUGAAAAUAAAUGUCCAGGAAGUUAUUUUGCUUUAGAAAUUCCUCUUCAGCUACCAUUUCCUCUUUCCUUUAUUUUUCUGUUGCACACUCUUGAAACAAGGUACGUAGCUAGGAAAAAAUGAGUAAAAUGUCUGGCAUGUGUUGAUGUGAGUUGAAAUCCUGUCCCCUUUCAAGCCAAUGGGAGUUUUCAUUGGGGCCACAGCUUCACCUCAGCUACCUUCCUUUCUUUCCUGUUUGCAAACACAUUAGUUUUAGACACAUUCACUGUGCUGAGAUCUAUUUCACACUUACUACUACUGUUUUCAAAAAAUAAAACUACUUUAAAGUGUCUCAUUUAGCAAAGUAGUGAUAAAAUUACUAAUACAAUAUGGGGGUUAUCUUCAUGUUUAAUGUGCUGCCUUUCGUUAAAAAAAAGAUGUGGAUAUAUAAUGAUUCUUUAGAUUUAAAAAGUUUGAUACAUAGAACAUUUUAGGAAGGGAAGCAGGUUUUUAAUAGAUUUGUAACUCUUAUUGUUCAUUUCCAGCUUGAAAUGACAUUUUUUAAACAAAUCACUACUUAAAUGUGUCUGAAAAUGUUCUGACUAUUUUGUUUAAAAUAAUAUACUUUGUAACUGGUUAUUCAUUUCAGUUGACUACUAACUUCUAUUUUGAUUAUAUUUAUUAAUGAAUUGACAUUGUAGUGUACUGCGAGAUGUUUAUUUUUCUAUCAGAGCUGUAACAGCUAUGACAUAGCAUUAAGUUAAUGCAACAUUAUUGUACUUGCUCUCUAAAAAAAUAAAAAAGUAGUAUUUCA